AUGGCCAAAAUUGAGCGGGACAGUGAUUUCAAGCGACGUCUGAACGAGACCAGCGCUGGUGUGUUCCACGAACUCAACAACUUUCUGAAUGCCAAAGAACGCCGCGAGCUGUGCCGCAACGAAAAGAAGCGCAAGGUCACAUUCAAGGGCACGGUGGACAUGCACAUCUGCUACGAGGAUUCCAAAAGCAAACGCAUACAAAUCCGUCUGAAACCCGAACACAUGCCUAAUGUGCUGGACAGUGAGAAAGCGCCGGACAAAAUCCUUAGAAAGGAGUUGGGACUCACUGAACAGCAUCAGCGAUCGAAACGUUUCCUCAUUUUUCCGCGGCAGGCACCAACCCGUUAUCAGCUUAUAGCCGGAAUUGGUAUACCGGCAGAUCUGUCCUAUGAAUCGCUCACCAUGGGCCAUGUAUUAAAGGCCGAGUUCUUUCUACCCUACAACGCCAGUGUCUACCGACAGAAUCCUUUUUUGCCGGAAUAUAAGUUCAAGUCGACGUAUUUGAAUGCCGGCUUGAACCACAACGAAGUGCGAAAUUGGUUGCAGAAACCAACAGAUCUGCGCUGGCAGAUAUAUGAAUAUAUAGAACACACACUGAAGGGUUACGGCUACAAUGGACACAAGUGUCUGUUGGAGGCGAUUUGUGAGGCAAACAAAGUGCGGUUUGCCAAACAUUAUAGCGUCGCGGCAGAAUUGCUGAAUUUGCUCUUGAGCCCCUCCAGCACGUUGAAUGCCAAAAAAGCAGAGGCAAGAGAUUAUUUAGAAGCCGAAAAGGAAAAAAAUUGUGAAAAGUACGACUGCGAUAUGAAAUUGCUAAAUUGGGUUUCCCGGGUGAUGAACUGGGAAGUCUAG